CCUAACACCUGUGCGAUUGGCUAGUCUCCUUCGAACUACAGUAGAAGUAAACGAAGUUGUAAGAAGCGUAGCUGUGUUUUUGUGACGACUAAACGUUAUAUCGUAGAAGUAACAUGGGGCCUAGCCAAGAUUAUUCGUCCACAAAGGCACAGUUGACCCAAAAUCCAUAGCUAGCCGAGAUGAGAUGAAUUUUACCCCCGUAUUAUGUUAUAACUGACCAAAACCUAUUGUGCUGUACGUGCAGUGAAACAAUGUACCGACGAGUGGUGGAAAUAACACAGUUGUUUGUAUACAGGAUGUCGAGAAUUUGGGCCGGCGUUUCAUAAAAAGGAUUUUUAGCAACGAACGUUAGUUUGAUCUUGAGAGGCUUCCCGAGGCAUUAUUGUGUUGGCCAAGCAAGUAAGACUAACCUUAGUCAACUACGAAAACGGACUGGGGUACCUCUAAAGAACUGCAGAGCAGCUUUGCAAAAGUGUCACAAUAAUUUGGAGGAGAACCACUGGGUCAAUUUCAACCAAACUUGGCCAGAAGCAUCCUUGGGUGAACAGCUUUAAAGUUUGUUCAAAUGAAGGGCCAUGCCCCGGCCCCCCUUCAAAGGGGAGAUAAUUACAAAAAUGCCAAAUUAGGGCAGAAAAAUGGUUGAAAGAGCAAGCACAAAAAGAAGGGUGGGCUAGAGCAGACAAAUUACAGUCCCGUCCAAUGUCACAAGGCCUUCUAGGGUUAAUACAGUCCAGAACAGGGGCCACAAUGAUUGAGAAGAAGAAUGCGAAAAGCAGGCUAGCAUGGUUGAGUUUGCUCCUUCGGAAAGACUACGAUCCACCUCCACAACAUAGGAGCCAUGAUCAGCUUCUCAUAGAAUGUGAUGAAUUCCCAACACUGCCUGUUGCUUCAGAGGAGACAGUACAAACUAUUUGCGAGACACUGGACACAGGUGAAUUGUGAGACAGAUUUUGUGACCAGAAAUGAAAAAUUUCAAUACUUGGUUUACCGUUUGACAUUAGCCUGCCACAAUAAUCUUGAGAAAGAUGCAAGUAAAAAAGUUUUACAACAUGAAGCUGUCAAUACUCUUCCCAGUGAAAACAAAAUGCUGUCAGACAUUGUUGCCCAAGAAGUUGGUACAAUCGGUGAGAAUAUGAGGCUGAGACGAGCAGUUUUCUUACCUGAUUCAAAUGGACACAUACUCAGUUCUUAUGUUCAUAAUUCUGAUAAGAAAGUGGCCAUUAAUGGCUGCCAUCUAGGAAGAUUUGGGACCAUUCUGAGUGUUGGCAAAACAUCAGGAACAGAAAAUGAAGAUUCUUUGAAAGAACUCACAAAAGAUCGUGGUGUGACAAGAAGUAUGGCAUCAGUCUUUUCAACCAGGAAGCAAAAGAAACCUAAUUUCCACCUCUCUACUCAGUUCAUCAACAAAUCUUUAAAAUUUGGUCACAGAAAUUUUUGCACUUCUUCAUUAAAAUAUAACCAAAAAUUGACUCACAUCGACAGAAAUGGAAAGGCAAAAAUGGUUGAUGUGGGAAAUAAAGAAGAAACGGUCAGAACUGCAGUGGCUUGUGCAACUAUUUUUUUGGGAGACAAGGCAUUUUCUUUGGUAGAGGCAAACAAAUCAAAGAAAGGAGAUGUGUUAAUUGUUGCACAGUUAGCAGGAAUAAUGGCUGCCAAAAGGACCAGUGAACUGAUUCCCCUGUGUCAUAAUAUUGGACUGAGUAAAGUGUCAGUUGAUCUUUCACUGCAGAAAGACACAAAAUCGGUGUAUAUUGAGUGUAUGUCAAAAACUGUAGGAAAGACUGGUGUAGAAAUGGAGGCCAUUACGGGAGCUUCAAUGUCGGCUAUUGCUGUUUAUGACAUGUGUAAGGCAGUUGACAAGGAGAUGGUGAUUUCCAACAUUCGACUACUGAGUAAAAAGGGAGGCAAAAGUGGGGAUUACAUGUUUGUUCUGAAAUAAGCUUUACUUUGGAGUCUGAUUUAUACGUCUAUUUCUGUGUUUUCAACAAACAAUCAAACUGAUAGAUGGUGGCGUUGGUUGGGAAAAGCCUUAAAAUAGUACCGAGAUUGUAACUGCCUGAAUCAGCAAUCAAUUUGUAAUACUAAUCCAGUAAUGAUAAAACAGGGUAAAAAAGUUCAAAGAUAGAAUGUGAUAACUAAAUAAUAAUUAUGGACUCGAUUGUUUUGUCCUUUUAGUGCUGGCUAAUCGGGAGAGAGUUGUCGUUUGUUUUUUAUAUAAUAAACAUUGUACCUUACUGUAAUUUUCAUAUUUGAACGUAUUUGUUAUCUAUUACAAUUGAUUAAUAAAUGACAAAACAGUUCAGAAUGUU